ACGACAAAUGGUUGCUAUGUCAAAAGAAUUAAAAGAAAAACGUGAAAUUGAAGCACAAAAACUUCAAAUUAAACAAAAACGUCAAUUAGCUAUUCAAAAAGCUGAACAAAUUUAUCAAGAUGCAUUUCUUAAUGUACAAUAUGGUUUUCGAAUUAAACCAUUAGGUUUUGAUCGAAAUUAUAAUCGUUAUUGGUUUUUUCGAGGUUAUCCUGGUUUAUUUGUUGAGAAAGGUUGGAUUGGUUCAGAUAUAAAUUAUUCUGUUCAAUCAUCAUCAUCAUCAUCACAAGAUUCAUCGACUUCUAUGACUGGUGAAAAAUUAAUACCUAAAGAUGAACAAAAUCAAUGGUUUCUUUAUGAUGAUGAAAAUAUAAUUCAACAAUUAUUACAAUCAUUAAAUGAUCGUGGUAUACGUGAACAUAAUUUAUUAGUUAAUCUUAAAAAAGUUAUGCCAUUUAUUCAUACAGAAUUUGAACAAAUAAAAAAAUCUAAAAAUUCUAUUGAACAUCAAGAUGAAAAUAUUGAUAUAACUUAUGAUAUAAUAUCAUCAUUUAAAAGUGAACUUGAAGAUAUUGAAACACGUUUACGUCUUGGUUCAUUAGGUGGUUUUAUAAUAAAUGAUAAUCUUAAUGAAUGGCAAAUAAAAUUAAAACAAUCAAUUGAACGUAUUGAUCUUGCUGAUUUACUUAUACAAUUACAACAAACAGUUGCUGAUAAAUAUUCAACAGGUAUAUUUAAUUUACCUGAUAAAAAAUUUUUACAAAUAUGGAUAAAUGAUUGUCGAACAUGUAAAACAUAUUCACGUUUAUAUGUUUUAAUGAUGAUAUUUGAAAAUUCUAUAACAUGGAAUAAAUCAACACUUGGUAUUAAAUGUAAAAUUUGUCGAAAAAAACAUAAAGAUGAAUAUAUUAUUGUUUGUGAUCAAUGUUGUUAUGGUUUUCAUCAAGAAUGUUUACGUGGUUAUUCAGAUAAUAUAAGAAAUUCUACAAAUGAUUUAUGGUAUUGUCCAGCAUGUCGUCCAUCAUUAACAUCAAAACGACGUAUUAAACAAGAUAAACAAAAAAUUGAUUAUAAUGAAAAUGAUAUUUAUGAUGAUGAUAUGGAAAUUGACACAACAUCAAAUAUAAGUAGUCAUGAACAUAAUAAUCAUAAUUUAACAGAUUCAAAUACGGAUAAUAAUGAUGAUGAUGAUAAUGAUAAUGAUAUUGAAGAUGAAGAACAUAUAUGUAGUGUUUGUGGUGUAGAAAAUGAUUUAAUUCAAUGUACACAAUGUCAUCAAUUUUAUCAUUGUCAAUGUCAUGAACCACCAUUAAGAUGUCCACCAAGAUCAACAACAUGGAUAUGUAAUAAUUGUCGAAAUGGACAUACAAAUGAAAUAAAUCAUUCAUCACGUCAACUGAAAACAAAAAAACAAAUUAAAAAAUCUAAACAAAAAAAGCGUAUACAAUCACAGAAAUAUAAUGGAACACGUAGAAGUACACGUAAAAAUUAUCGUGAAAUUGAUGAAGACGAAGAAGAAGAAAGUGAUGAAGAAGAUAAAACAAUAGCACAGCGACGUUCAAAACGAUUACGACGAUCAGAUCCAUCUCCAAUAAAAAAUAUUGAUAAUAAUCAACAUACACGUCGACGAACUCGUAUAGCAAAAUCCAUAACAUCAUCAUCAUCGGAUGAAGACCAAAUAACAAAUAAUCAUAAUAAAGAUAGUGAUAGCGAACAAAAUGAAGAUGAAGAAGAAAAUGAAAAUAAUAGCAAUGAUUCUCCGUCCUCAGACUAG